AUGCCCAUGAUGCUUCCCUCGUCUUUAUCUUCCUCUUGGACAGCUCCCCUGUCGCCUCUUCUGUUGUUGUUAGCAUGCUCCUCGUUGAUACAUCAUUCCAAUGCUUGUGGUGGACUAUUCUGUGAACCCUCUCGACCUGUAGUCCAGGCUGGAGAAGCGAUUGCUUUUGGUGUUCAAGGUCCCUUGGUGGAGAUGCAUGUCCAGAUUCUUUAUGAGGGACCUGCCGAUGGCUUUUCCUGGGUAUUGCCCGUGCCAGUGACGCCGCAAGAAAUCUCUGUGGGAAGCGAUGUCCUGUUCAGUUCGUUAUUCACUGAAACCUUGCCCACCUUUAAUUUGAAUAUUUUGGGAUUCGACGACUCCGACAGUUGCACCGACGAUGACAAUAGGCCUGUGGCUUGUCCCUUUGCCGCUGGCUUUGGGCCCGGCGAUGAAGAAGGAGGUGCUGUGAUCUUGAAGGAUGGCUCCGUCGGUCCCUUUGAUUAUGUCGUCUUGGAACCUGCCGACAAUGAUCCCGAUUCGGUUUUUGAGUGGUUAACUACCAAUGGAUACGACCAACCAGAAGGGGCCGAUGCGCUCUUGAACUAUUAUGCACUGCUGGGACAAAAGUUUGUCGCUCUCAAACUUACUAAAAACACGCCGGCUGGAGAAAUUCAGCCACUCAUUCUGCGAUACGAAAUGGAAAAUGCCACAGAAACAAUGCCUAUUGCCUGUGUACCCAUCAAACUGACGGCCAUUGCGGCCAAUAACGACAUGCCCGUCCAAGUCUACGUCUUUGCCGACUCGCGAGCCGUACCACUCAAUUAUCUAGAUGUUACACUCGAUGAUGCACAAGUGACCUGGUUGCAAUGCAACAACAACCCAGCCUGCUACGAUGACAAUUACCGCGAACGCGUCCGACAAGCCAUGGCCCCCUUUGACAAUCAUGGAUUUGUGACGGAAUUUGCAGGCGAUUCUUCCAUUAUGGACGACAAAGUGACACUGUUGGAUGAUAUCAAUCUGCAAGAAUUGGCGGCUUCGUCAGACUGGCUGGUGUUCUUGCAGGCAUUGGCCACUGCCGGUGUUCCCGCCAUACCCUUGGUGGACUCUAUUAUUGAAACCUACAUCCCCAACACCUACGAAGAAGGACCCUUUUGUUCCGAAUUGUACCUUCCCAAUCAAGUCUUCAACAUGAUCAAUUGCUUUGAGCAAUACGUUCCUCCCAGUGACACGUGGGUGUUUGACGCACAAGGAAUGGCAACGGAUCUGGACGAAAAGGUCUUUCAACCGUCUCAGGCGGCCCAAGACUUUAUCGAUACCUACUCGUACAUGACACGCAUGUAUGGUGUCUUGGGGCCCGAAACGAUGGACAAGGAUCCAUUCUUUUCAUUGCGAUCCGAUGCUCCCGAUGUCAGCAACGUGCACAAUGCUACUGCUGUUCCUGUCUGUGUUCCUGACGAGGGCCCGGUUGCUUUGGAUAUCAGUAUUGGCGGGGAAAUGAUUUCGCAAAUUUCCGCCCAACCAGGGUGCGGUGGAUGGAAUCCUACAGGGGUUGUUGAUUCGGUGGAAGUGCCCUCGGAGCAAGUCUCUCCUGCCCUCGACGUCACCUCGUGGGGUUUUGAAGGCACAACAGCUCGUAAGUUGUCACGUUCCACGGAUGGAACGUUUGCAGAGGAUGAAUUGGCGGAGGUUGUGGCGACUGCGGACUCCCUCGUGGUAGACCAAACGGUACCGCCCUACACCAGUGGCUCAUCGACUGCAUCCGAUGGAAAUCCUUCGACAACUUCCGCCACCAACAGUCCAUCGCCUUCGGAAGGUGGGGAUACUCCUUCUUCCACACCUGCCGCCAAUGACAAUCCAUCGCCUUCGGAAGGUGAGGAUACUUCUUCUUCCACACCUGCUGCAACUGACAAUCCAUCGCCUUCGGAAGGUGGGGACACUCCUGCUGCCACACCUGCCGCCAAUGACAAUCCAUCGCCUUCGGAAGGUGAGGAUACUUCUUCUUCCACACCUGCUGCAACUGACAAUCCAUCGCCUUCGGAAGGUGGGGACACUCCUGCUGCCACACCUGCUGGUUCUGAAAGCUCGUCUGCAACUUCGCUAUUCGGUUUCCUUCCUUUCUCUGGAAUUGGCGCACUUUGGUGUUUUCUAUAG